AAAAGGGAAAGAAAGCCAUUGGAAUCAGAAUGUCCUAUAGUAUAUGUGCAACACAUAAGCUUCAACAAAGCAAAGCAAUCAAGAGAUCGCAUACACUAAACAUGUUGGCACCACCAAUUGAUUGCUAUGUUACCAAGCUUUAGCUUUCUGGUUCCCCGGUCAAAUAAACUAUUUCCUAUGCUUAAAUUCCUCUUCCCCACUCCACCAACCUCUUGCUUUACUCUCCCACUAACGCUCCUCCCUCCAUUGUCAUAUACAGCCACCUUCUAUUAGCUUCCAUUCCUGCUACCAAAAAACUAUCAUUCAUAUUCACGAGGUCCUACUCAGUACUCCUUUCAAUGGACACUUCUGGCCAACAAUCUACAAAACAGCUAAAAGAACACCUCCAACAUCACCAAGAGCCUUUUUCGUUGCAGAGUUACCUCAUCGAAAGAAGUUACAUGUUCAACAACAACCUCAGCUAUGAGAGUACCAACAUUCACCACCUUUCUUCAGCCAAGAAUCUGAAAUCGUCCAUCAAGUAUGAUUUACACAAGAUAAGGAAACGGCUAUUACAUGCUACAGGGAUACUGAGAUCACUACUAUUCAAGUUCAUUCCCACAGAAGACAGCCAGUUCUCAAACUGGGUAGAAGAGGACAACAAUGAUCUGUAUUAUGUGCAUGAAUAUUUAACAGCACACACUCAGCCAACUCAACAAACAAGUUCACUGAAAACAUUGGCUAUGUCUCAUCAUUUUACUAAAAACGAUGCUCCUCACCACAAGGUUUUGCCGGCGAAUAUGUUUCAGACAUUCACACUCCCCAAAUUAAAAAGAUCAGAGGUUGACGCAGGAACCGAACCAUAUUGGAUAAGGUCAAAGGAGAAUAGCCAGCAGUGUAGUAGAGGACCAAAAUGGAAAGCAUCAUUACCAAAUGCAGUGUGCCACUUAAAAAGUUCAGAUGAGCAGGUAACAGCUGUUCCAACUUUGUCCCAGAAACUUGUUAGAGACUAUGUAAGAAAGCUAGCGGCGAGCUCAAAUAUUUUGAAAUUGAGACGUGCAAAAAAAGACAAACUACAGGAGAUGGUUGAGACGGCUUCUUUGUGCGGAAGAAUCAGAAGGAGCCUGGCAAAGAGGGAGCAGCUACGGUUUGACCGUGUAGAAAAAGACAAAGGGUUUCAUGAAAAUGAAGGUAAAAGUGUGUCAAGCAAAGCAGUUGCAGAAGCUGAGGGGUUUCAGAGUAUCAUACACGAGCAUUUUAACGUGUUGGAGAAACAAUACAGAGAAGCUAAAAGGAUCAGGCACCUGCUGCAUGCAGAGUCCUGUGUGAUAUCAGAAGAGUGGAAAAGCUUCCAAAUCUUAAAUUUGGAGAUAUGCAUGGAGAUAGGAGAUUCAAUCACGGAUGACAUUGUAAGCGAAAUAAUUGAUUUCUUUUAACAACGCCAUGCCCAUGUUCACUGGAACUGUACUUUGCUUGGUUUACUUUUAGCAUCACUGUUGAAUGUAUAAACAUUGAGAUAUUAAGGA